ACUCCGCGGUUCGCUGGAAUUGUCAGUGAAAAACAAAAGGUGCGACUUUAAGCAGUGCGCUUUUUGCCAGUGGUUUUCUGUGUGAAUUUUUAUGGAAAUUGUGUGAUAAAAUGUCCAAAGACGUGCUCCAGAUUGUGUUGAAGUGAUACAGACAGUGUGCAAGAUGUCUCUGAGUCCAGAAGCUGAAGAUUUCCCGGGGAGACUCCUGCAUCAGGCUGCAUUGUGGGACAAUGUUGAACUACUCGUGGAUCUGUUGCAAGAGGAGCAACAUCUAAUUGAGUGUAGAGACAAUUUCGGGCGAACUCCCAUCCAUGCAGCCGCAAUCACUGCGAAUUCCAACUGCCUGCAGCUCCUUAUCAAUGCCAGGGCGGAUGUGGAUGCUCAGGCGAUGGACGGGAAGACUGCCCUUCAUUUGAGCGCCGAACACGGUCAUGAGCAGAAUGUGGAUGUCUUGCUGGCUGCCGGAGCCUCCUACUCGCGCAGAGAAACCGCGGGGGCGACAGCGUUUGACCUGGCGGAGAAAUUCGGUCAUGUCCGAUGCAUGGAGAUGCUCAAGAAUGCAGCUGACGCUUUCGAGGAGAUAAGAUCGCUCAAGUACAGAGAACUGCGAGAAGCUGUUGUGUCAAAUGAUGAGCAUGAAGUACGAAUAAUCCUCGAGGCUCUUGGGACUGGAAAUGAGCGCGAAGUGAUUAUCAACAUGGCUCCUGGAGGAGCGAAUACUCUCAUCUUCUCUGCUGCUCAGGUGGGCAAUGAACCUAUUCUGAAGAUGCUACUCGAGGCAGGAGCCGAUGGCAGAGCUCAUGCCGUUACCAGAUACUCUCCGCUCUACACAGCCGUUCACAAUGGCAAUGUGGAGGUGACGAAGAUGUUGCUGGCGAAAUUUCCCGAAUUGGUUCAGCAAUUGACUGUGGAAAAGUGGCUGCCGCUGCACGCGGCCUGCAUCAAUGGACACAUCGAUGUGGUGGAACUCCUGCUCAACUAUACGUAUCCCGAUCAUCUCUAUGCCACAUAUCGCGAUCCAACGGGUGAAACGGAGUGGCGGCUGGCCUUCGAUCCGAACACGCAAGACGUCACCGGACAGACGGCCCUCUAUGUUGCGUGUCUGCUCGGCAACAAGCCUCUGGUUGACUUGCUGCUGGGCUGGAAAGUGAAGUGUGUCAAGAUGCGCGAAGGAGACGAUGGGCAGUCGCGCUCAGUGAGCAGCAGGGUCACCACGUCUAGUCCCACGAAGAGGCGUAUUUCCUAUGGGAUACAGUCCAUCAUGUCGAGACUGAGUCUGGGCAAGGAUGCCGCUGAAGAGGCAGAGAGUGAGUCCAACAACUCAGUGAAUCCCUUGCAGCUGGACUUGCUGUGUGGAGCGGCGAGAGAAACGGCACUGCUAGCCGCUGUGCGAGGUGGAUAUUUGGAUGUGGCGGCGUUGUUGCUGCAGAAGAAGGCUGAUCCCAAUGUGAUGGCAAAACCAAUAGAGGAUCCCAAUGAUCCCAGACUGUCGGAUGAGGUGUACGGCUUCUCGAACAUUCCCCUGGCCGAGGCGGUGCGCCAAAAGUCAAUUCAAAUGGUGGAACUCCUGCUGAAGUACGGUGCCAAAGAUGAACAAUCAACAGCUCUUAGUAUCGCCUGCACCCAAGGCAAUGAACAAAUCAUCUGCAAACUCCUCUCGAUUCGAGCUCAUCCAGAUCCCGAGUACAAGAUCAACAAGAAAGCCUUGACGACUGAGGUGGAAUUGGCGGGAAACAAACUUUCUCCUGAUGGAGGACUCACUUACAGUUCCUUGUUCCCCAACACCUCCAUCAUGAUCAAUUGGAACAACUGUGAUUUGACAAAUCUCAAGAUAAACUUCCUCAGCGAGGCAGUUCUGCUGCACAACACAAAACUCAAGGAACAUCCAAAGUGUGGCAUUCUGGCUUUGGGAGCGCUCACUCGCAUUGACAUCUCUCAUAAUGGACUCACGAGCCUCCCGCCGGAGAUUUUCACUCUGUGCAGCCUGCGCUAUUUGAAUGCGGCGCAGAACAAGAUCCAAUUUCUGCCACUGCCUGAGGAUAUUCCUAACUCUCCAGUGAGAGUUUUGGCCGGCAGCAGACGCAACUCCAGACAAUUUCCCAAAGAGUAUGAAUGCUUUGUUCUUGAGGAGCUAUAUUUGCAGGACAAUCGCCUGGAAGUGCUUCCUCCAGCACUCUUUCGAAUGCAGAGUCUAAUCACUCUCGAUGUGUCCAACAAUAAACUGCAGGAGUUGCCAUUUGAGAUGUGGCGAGCGCCCAAGCUGAAGGAGUUGAACGUCGCGUUUAAUCUGCUGAAAGAUCUUCCCGUGCUGCCCAAUCAGGACGGCGGCUCUUCGCAAUCAGAACCGCCAAGUCCAGUGACUGAAGCAUUUCUCUUCAACCAAAUGGAGGAUUCUGAGGCUCAGAGUCGCAAUAGAACCAUCACUCAAGUCGAUCUCGUGCGCCAUCACAUUUGGUCAAAAUCCCUGGAAGUGACAGAUCAGGAGGUUCGCCUCACGGAUAUUCGCAAUGAUGAGAAUAUUUCCCAGUUGACGAGCCUCAAUCUCUCCAACAACCUCUUCACCAGCAUCCCUCUGGCUCUCCCAUGUUUGGCAAUCAAUCUAACGCGACUCUCCAUGUCGUACAACAGUUUGAGAUCAAUGGGACACGUGACCAGCUAUCCAGCAAGUCUCAAGCAGUUGGAUUUGGGACACAAUGAGAUCACUUGUUGGCCGAGUUUGCCGAGAAUUGCUGCCCUGGAUCCACACUUGGCGUGCUACAAUCCGCAGGAGGUGAAGCAGUCCAAGCAGCCACUGAAGAAUAUCACCAGUCAGAGUGCUGAAGUGUCUGUGAUCAAGACAAAUACCUCAAGUGGGAAUAUCACAUCCCUGAGAACGGCUGUGCUGAAGAGUGUUUGCAGUCAUCGGAGGCAUUUGCGCUUGGAGGGCUUGCGAACACUCAUCCUGGCUGAUAAUCUCCUGACACGCAUCCAACUGUCCACGGAUGACGUCGCUACACUCUCAGAGUCUGAAGAGUCCGAAUGGAGUCUGGUUGGCGUGACAAAAUCUCGGCUAAUCUUCCCGAAUUUGUCAAUGCUGGACAUCAGUAACAAUUGCCUAAAGGAUAUUCCUCACACGAUUCACGAAUUGAGUAAUCUGAGCGUCCUGAAUAUCAGUGGGAAUGUGGAUGUGACUGAAUUACCUCCUCACAUGGGACUCCUCUCGCGACUGUGGAAUCUCAAUACGCGUGGUUGCACUCUUCAGGACCCAUUGAAAGCGAUGAUCGACAGCAAGAAGUACAAGACAAUGGACAUUAUUGGAUACUUGAAGUCAGUUUAUGAGGAUGCCAGACACUACGCACGGAUGAAGCUGAUGGUAGUGGGAGUUCAGGGCAUUGGAAAGACGAGUCUGCUGGAGCAGCUUCGCCAAGAGGGACCCAAUCGCAACAAGAAGCCCGUGGAUCACUGGGCCAAGCGGAUGGGUCACAAGAAUAUCAACACAAAGACCAGUCGAGGCAUUAACAUGUCCACUGUUGGUGUGGAUAUUGGCGAUUGGGUGUGCGAGAAAAAGGUCAGAGGACACUCUCAGCACGGACCAGUGAUCUUCAGGACGUGGGAUUUUGGUGGGCAGAAGGAAUACUAUGCCACACAUCAGUACUUUCUCAGCAAGAGGAGUCUUUACCUGGUGCUCUGGCGCAUCACCGAUGGGCGUCGAGGAUUGGCUGAAGUGCUUCAGUGGCUGGGAAAUAUUCAAGCCAGAGCUCCAAAUUCACCGGUAGUGAUUGUGGGGACGCACUACGACGCAGUGGGAGAUACUUUCCCGGCCAAGAAGGCUGAAGAACUGCAGCUGAUCAUCAGAGAUAGAUUUAUCGCAGUGGCAGAUGCUGAAAAGAUGGGUCUUCCUCGUGUUCUGGACUCAAUUGAAGUGAGCUGUCGCACGGGGCACAAUAUCAAACUGCUGUCGAAUCUCAUUUACGACACAGCCUUUUCCCUUCGAUCGCCGGGCUCUAAGGAGCUGUUGCUGCAUCAGAAAGUGCCAGCGAGUUAUCUGGCUCUUGAGGAUGUUGUAGGAACAAUUGCUACGACUAUGAAGCAAUUUGGAGCUGAUCCUGUUCUGGACGCUGAGCGCUAUCGCACGAUGGUCACUCAGGAGAUGCAAGUGAGGAACUACAAGAGAUUCCGUGACUGGUCAGAACUCAAUCAGGCCACAAUGUUUUUGCAUGAGAACGGAUGCCUUCUGCACUACGAUGAUGCAACACUCAGAGAUCUCUACUUCCUGGAUCCGCAGUGGUUGUGCGAUAUGUUGGCUCACGUGGUCACUGUGAGAGAGAUAAAUCCCUUCGCGAGAUCAGGAAUCAUGAGGAUGGACGAUCUUCAGUUGCUGUUUAAGAACUCUUGUCUGGGAAGCAGUGAUAACAGAGGAUAUAUCGUGAGUCUACUCAAUAAGUUUGAAGUGGCUCUGACGUGGGAUUCCAGAACACUUCUCAUCCCAUCAUUGUUGCCUGAGAAUGAGGAUAAUCGAGGUGGUCAAGUGGUGACGGUUAAAAUUGCAGCAAGAAGUCGUGGAUGGGCGAUGAGAUCUCGCAGAAGUGUUCCAAUUCCUUCAUCAUCAGCUUAUGAUCUCACCUCACCAGAUUCUGUGGCUUUGACUCCUCAAGUGAAUCAUCCAGAGUAUGAUAUUUGCACUUUGCCACGUCCAGAUAAGGUGAUCUCUCGCCUCUUGCUGAUGUCAUACUUCCCAUCGGGCUUCUGGUCGAGACUCAUCACGCGUGUUCUGGCGGAUGAUCAGGUGGUGGACGCCCUGAGGAAUAUAUAUCCACUGCGGAAGGAGGACUUUGAGGAGCCAGAAGUUAGUCAACUGCUGAAUAUUGCCUCCCACUGGACAGUGUGGCAGACAGGAUUGGCGCUGUACUACGGCACAACGCUGGUCUUCAAAAUGCGCGAGAUUCCGCCAUCCUGUCCCUUCUCACCGUAUCGCAAUCCCAGCAAUCGUUUUAAGCUGAAGCAGGAUGGUGUGUGGUGCGACAUUGACAUGAAUGCCACAAGUAUCUUGGAGAUCACCUUCCCCAUGCACGCCAUCGGCCUGCGGAGGAUCGAUGAGGCGGGCUGUGGCACCACAGUGAAGGAGAUGGAGGCAAAUAUUCAGUGUGUGUCUCAACUUGUGUCCCUCAGUGUGGAUCACAUUGAUAUCCUCCUGGAGGAUUGGUAUCCAACUCUUGGGACACGUUUCGUACACACUUCCGAGGGGAGAUUUCUCGUGACUCGCCUCGUGCCCUGUCCAAAGUGUCUGAAGAGGAGUGAUGAGAGGAAUUCGCACUCCUUCACGGGCUCAAAUCCCUCAGCCAAGGGUGCCAAAUUUUCGGACAAGGGAUUGACUAAGAGAUUGAGUGUGGAAAGGAGGGAUUUCACUGUGGGAGAAUCAAGUGGGCUCAAUGAAUUGCCGGCCAUUCUUCAGGGAUUCGACAGUGCAAACUAUGCGAGGAAAUCCCAAGAUUCUCUGGGUUGGUCUGACGGAGAUUCUGGCGUUGGGCCAGAUUCUGCUGGAUCCUCGAGAGCGGCCUCAGUAGAGGGACAUCCCUUGGUGUUAGCAGAAUCGACGGGACCACCAAACUACUGCUGGAUGGUGGAGGAGUGCAUCCUGGCGGCCUAUGAUAAGAAGAGUGUCUCAUGUCCUGUUCAUGCGGAGGUGGAAUUGCGUCUCAUCACUCCGGACAUUAUCUUCCUGGAUUUGUCCGAUUGCUACUUGAUCCGGCCAGAAGACAUCACAAAGGGUCCAUUGCUUGGUCGUGGCGCCUUUGGAUUCGUCUUCAAGGCCACGUGCAAGUCGAGAGUGUCACGAAGUCUCAUUCCAGUCGCAAUGAAGAUGCUGCAGCCCGUGCCGCCGGGAUCACGAGCCAAGGAGAGCGCAGUGAUUGCCUACAAAGCAGCCUUGGGCAAGUGGGAGCGAGAUCCUCUUCAGCACUCCUGCAAGGCUUACUGCACAGCGAGGCAGGAGUUGGCCGUCCUCCUGACACUCAAGCAUCCCAAUAUUGUGCCUCUUGUGGGCGUUUGCACGCAACCGUUGGCGCUGGUGUUGGAUUUGGCGCCAAAAGGAGCUCUUGACACUGUGCUGAGGCAAUAUCGCAGGAGUGGAGCCAGGAUUGGGCCCUACUGUUUCCAGUCGCUGGUUUUGCAGGCCGCUCGGGCGAUGGAAUAUCUCCAUCGACGUCACGUGAUCUAUCGUGAUCUGAAGGCAGAGAAUGUGCUGGUGUGGGACUUCCCAGAACCUCACGCAAUUGAUCAUCCGGCCAACAAUGUGCACAUCAAAGUGGCAGAUUAUGGGAUAAGUCGCGUCACUUUGCCUUCGGGUGCAAAAGGAUUUGGCGGCACGGAGGGAUUCAUGGCGCCGGAGAUUAUGAGACACAAUGGCGAGGAGGAGUACACAGAAAAGGUGGACUGUUUCUCCUUCGGGAUGUUCCUGUAUGAGCUUCUCUCCCUCAGGCAGCCUUUCGAGGGGCACGAGGCAGUCAAGGAGUGCAUCCUGGAAGGUGGACGACCAGUGCUGACACAGAGAGAGACGCAGUUUCCCUGCUAUUGUCUGGACUUGAUGGUGCUGUGCUGGGAUCAACAGCCUAAGAACCGACCAUCUGCCAGUCAGAUUGUCUCCAUCGCCAGCGCUCCAGAGUUCACGCAUCUUCUCGAUGUAGUUUCGCUAUCACACCCUGGAAGUGUCCUGGGAGGUGUUGGAUAUCCCGUGGUGGCGAGUCCAGAGGAUGACACUCUGUCUUAUGAGUUGUGGCUUCCCUGCUCAAACUCUCGCAUUGACUUGCUGCUGGGCUCUCCGAAGGGAUGGCAGCAGUAUCACAGGAUUCUCUGCCCGAAAAUCUCCAAAGGACGCGGAAGCAGUCCGAUGAAGCUGACGACGGUUUGUGUUGUGGACACUUCUGUCUGGAUAGGCGAUGCCGAUGGCAAUAUCUAUGCAUUCAAUGCGUCUGAUUGUACUCAUCUGUUCUCUUAUGCUUUGGAGCCAGCUCAGCCGAGUCCAGUGGUUGCUCUUGUGCAUCUCAGUCGCAUCAACAGAGUGGCGGCUGGCUUGGAGAAUGGGCGACUCUUCCUGUUGGACUCUUCUAACAUACCAGCGAGUUAUGUUUCUGCCGAGGGAAGCUUUGUCCUCACAGAGCUGGGCUCUGGCGAGCGUCUUCACAGUGUCUGUGCGCUGUGGCGCUUGGAUGAUGAAGUAUGUGAAUUGUGGUGUGGAGAAACGGAUGGCGCUAUGAAUGUUUUUGGACUGAAGGACUCUGUGGUGUCAGAACACACGCUUCUGAAUCACUUUGAUGUCUCUCUGGGUGGCAGAGAAUCGAAUGUUGUACUGCUGCACGCUUCUGAAGAGUACGUCUUCUCAUGUGUGGCUCCAGGAUGUAUUCUGUAUCAGUGGAAUGUGUCCAGGAAGGAGAUUGAGAAUCGCUUGGAUUGCUCAAAACUCAUCCCGUGCUCUGAGAGUCUCCGGAGUAUCGCCAUUGAGGAACAUUUGAGUCCGGGAAAGUGUCAAAUAACAGCUCUUGCGGUGCUUAAGAAUGACUUGUACAUUGGAACGACGUGGGGAUGCUUGAUAAUCGUUGAGAAGGACUCCAUGCGUCCCAUCACAGUCUUUCGUCCCUUUGAUGACGAGGUUCGUUGCAUUUUGCCUUUGUAUACGCCUGGGCACAAUCUUGUGCCUCUUAUCGUGACCAUUGGACGCGGAUAUCGCUCCCUGAUCCAUCGGUACACGGACUCUGCCCCGAAAUCAAUCACCACCCCGUCCGGCAGUGAGAGAAGGCAUCUCUUUGGCAGUCCUGAGCACUCCUCGAGUGGCAACAGCCAGAAGGAUCGCAGCAGUAAUAUGCACGCUCUCAUCUGGCGCGCAGAUCACUGGACGCCAGUAUAAGCUCGGCAUUUUAUCGAAAGCGCAACUAUUGCUAUUCUAACUAGCGCAAUUCUUCAUUUUACCGUCCUCUUUGUGUGCGUGUUCUCUUGUCAGGAUUUGAAUUUUGUGCUUGAUCUGUGAUUUCAGAGAGUCAGAUUACUACCAUUACCAAAUUAACCAGGAGUAUAUCUUGCCCAAGAUGUUGGUGAGAAUACCAUUUUAUUUAUUUGAUGACAGAGAUUAAUAAACGAGUUACUGGUUAA